ACUCUGCUGUGCGUUGAGGUUUAUGAAAACUAUUUCCCAGUGAAUUAGAUGUAUGAGAUGUUCCACGUCAUCUGCUCUAUGCCAAAUUCGGAUCACUCCGAAGCUGAUAAGAAGCCCAAAACCAAAGCUCAGAAAACCUACGCAAGAAGAUUUGAGUACUCGCACGAGCAGAUAAUGAGUUUGAGAAAUUCCAAAAAUGUCGCAAGCAGCAUUCUUCUACCACCUGGACUUGAAUGCCUCUACAAAUUUGAAGGGAUUACCGGCUCAUCGUGGAAGCCCGUCAAGAGCAGCACAUGUCGGGAUAUGGCUCGUGACAUCCUUCUGAAUCCCAUACUUAACGAAAGGAUUCAGCUAUUUGGAUCUCCCUAUCUACGUGCUCUGGUGGAAGCCCACAAAGAACUUCGACGUUUGGAGAUAAAGGAAGAAUUUGAGAAGAACAAGGGUUGAACUUUCACUUUUCGACAUCCUUACUGAAGAUUCAGUUAUUUCUCCAAAGUGUGCGUCUUUCCGACUUUCAGUGCAUCAUAAUUCUGAAUUAACUUUCCUAUGAUUGAAGUAUGUUAAACUCCAAAAGUUCUGAAGACAGUGCCGCCAUUUUCGUUUCCAGCAUUUUGUGCUUCCUGGUCAUUUCGUAGCAUAGAUCCCGAAGCUGCUCUAAAAGUGUGUGUAAAGGCAGAAGUUAAGGC